AUGCUUGCGGUGCCAGCACCCUCGGAAACGAGGUUCUUGCGGACCUUGUACGACGUCGACCGAAUCAAGCCUUCGCCGUUCGGAUGGCAGCGAUGCAGCAAGACUCCUCGUCGCUAUGUGCGUCGCAUGGGCCUCGUCGAGUCGUUCUUCAACACCAUGGCCACCUUGCACGAAGGCAGGACCGACAUCUUCUACCGCAUCCCUCUCAACUGUCCUGCUGAUGCAUACGAGCAGCUCGUACGCCGGCUUCCGCUCGUGUGGGCGCUGCUGUGCCGUCGUCAUCCCAUGCUGGGUGCCCAUGUUGAGACACGGACGCCAGAUGGAAGCGCUUUGGAUCCAGAAGAGGCUGCGUCAAAACGCAAUGCAGGCGAGGCAUCCCAAGACGGCUCUAGCUCGUUCGAGCCUCACUUUGUCUUUGACCUGCCAGAGACAACGUCGGAACUGCUGGAACAAGCCUCGCGACGGGUCGUGAUCGUCUCUGAUGCAUGGCAAGAUCGAUUGGCCUCAAGAAGCGACGACAACGCCUCUCGCGACGAAGCAGUAGUCGCCUGGCUCGACCAGUAUGUUUGGAACGGCAAGCGUCGCUUUCUCGAACAACACGCUCCUUUCGGGCUGGCAAGGCUCAUACUCCUCCCGCCGUGCUUGUCAGACAGCAGACAAGGUCAAGUCAGCUUCGACUUGAUCCUCUGCGCUGCCCACUGCAUCUCGGACGGCCUCAGCAUCUCGAGUCUCGCCGGCGAGCUUGUGCAGGUCCUUGCCUCUUCUCAGCUACCCGAAGAACUUCCCGAGGUGGUGUCAGAAGCCGAGGUAUCUGUGGUUGUACCCGGCGCGUACACAGCUCGCUAUAGCUCGAUCAGUGGCGACAUGCAGCAGGCCCUGAUUAGCGGCCUCUUUGACUCUGCUGCGCCAAGAGGCAAGAUGAUUGGCAAUGACAGCCUGGACGAGACCCACUUUGCAUCUCUGCUUCCACCAUCAAUAGAAGCAACAUAUCCUGAGCUCUUACCGGCGGCUCCUGCGGUUUCGUCAGAUCAUCCAUCGCGGCUGGCAAGGCUGCGAUGGUUCUGGACGAUCCGUCGGGUCAUCUGUCAGAUCCGAGCAGCCAAUGCCGAAAAGGCAAUCCUGUCUGACUUCAAAGCAAACCGCACGGACAAGAACGUCAAGGAGCCCUGGUGGGGAGCCCAGACCAAGUGGUCGAUCGUCCGCCUCUCUGCACAAGACACCUCCUCUCUGACCAAGCUGGCCAAGCGCAAGGGUGUCAGGGUGGGAUCGCUGCUCUACGCCGUCGCCGCCUGCGCGCUGAACACGCUCGAAAUUAAGCACGCUUCACCUCAGGGUCGGGUCGAGCAGCCUACGACCACUGUCAUGGGCUUCCCCUUCUCCGUCCGUAGAUUUCUAGACGCUCGUGCAGCCGUCGACGCUUUGCAGCCGGCGAACGCACAGGAUCCGCUCUUGCCACCGUCGAGUCUCGGCGUCAAGCUCGGCUUCAAUGGCGUCUCUCUCCCACCAGCAUCGGUCUUCUCGCUUCCAGAAAUGCCAGCGUCGGACGCGACGCAGCUGAGCGCUUUUCACGUCGCUCAGCUCUGGCAGGUGGCUCGACAGGUGCAGAAGCAGUUCAACGGCAUCUUCCGAGAGCCGCGCUUCAUGCAUGCCGACGGCUUUCUGAUGGGUCUCGAGCGAGAGACUCGGUUCCGGAAGAGCGGAGUCAAGGACGUCUUUCAAGUGUUCAAGGACGACGAAGCGGACAGAGAGGCGCAGGGAGUGGCAGGCGAAGAUGAACGUCGACCGGGUCUCACCAAGAAGAACAUGCAGGGGCCAGGAUCGUCGCUGAACUUCAGCAUGGUAGGUCUGCUAGAUCCGGUGCUGCCCUCGAAGCUCGACCUGCCGUUCGGAGCAUCGAAAGGGUCGGGUGCGUUGGAGGUGCGAGAGGGGCUUCUGUUCGGCGUGCGAACUCGCGCUGGCGAGGCUUUUGGCACGUCUUUCACUUUCCGAGGGCAACUCAAUCUGGAGCUUGGACACGAUACGGUGGUAUGGGACACGGCCAAAGUGGAAGAGUAUCUACGCCUGAUGAAGUACAUCAUCGAGGCGAUGGUGGCUUUCGAACAAGGUCGUCGUUGA